CAAGGAAAGCACCAUAACUACAAGGAGUUUAUAUUCAUUCAACUUGUUGAAGUGCUCCUACUGCAGCCUGGAGAGAAGUCUGUGCUCUGACUGAGUCUUCGAGGAAUCAUCCAGCAGUGAUCUCGAUGGUGGACUACAAGCUCCAACAUGGACUGAUUUGAUCAAAAUCUGCGCAACAAUGGCAGACAGCGAGGUCAAGACGUUGCUGAAUUUUGUGAAUUUAGCAUCCAGCGAUAUCAAAGCGGCCUUGGACAAGUCAGCUCCGUGCAGACGCUCUGUGGAUCACAGGAAAUAUCUGCAGAAACAACUAAAGCGUUUCUCUCAGAAGUACUCCAGAGUCCCAAGAUGCCACACGCACAGGUCUGCGGAGUACGGGUGCGCCAAACCUGUGGGUACUGUCCCCCAGAGUGUGAAGGUUACAGAGAAGGCGAGCUCGGAUGCGCAAUGUGUGGAGGCUGUGGGGAGCGCCGCGGAGCAGGUGCCUAUGAGGAAACGCCAACUACCAGCCUCAUUUUGGGAGGAACCUAAGUUGACACAAACUAAGAGGGAGCACGCACAUUUAGGACUGAAAAAGAACCCUGCAGGCACAUCUGAGAGCAGUGAAAACGAAAAGAAGGGAAGGAGUUAUGAUGAUGAUGAUGCAAAGGCCACUCUGUCUGCGUCUAGUCGACGCAGCUCUGCGGAUAAAGAGACUCUGAAACUGGACCUGACCUCUCACCACUGCGUGAGUGUGUGCGGCUGCUGUCCCUUCCAGUACCACGGACACCAGGUCCUCCACAGCCACAUUGUUGUCCCGCAUCCGCCCCUGGGACUGUGGAGCAAAGCAACAGAGACAGAGAGACCUGAGCAUCCUUAUGGACAGAAAAUUCACACACACGUUGUGGUCAAACCCAUACCGACCAAACCCACGGUCCAGUCACCCAUCUUCAGUGUGUUUGGAUUCAUUUAAUUACCCCACUAAUGGACAAGUCUCUCUCACAUACACACACAACAAUGUGUAAAUAGGACUAAUUAUUUUCAUUUUGUGUUCUACACAGCCUUCAUCUUUCAGCAUUUGUACAUCACACACUUCCUCGAGCACUUAUUGGAAUGCGUCAUCUAUUUUUAUUGUUUAAAUCUAAAGUUGCACUUGCAGAAUAACUUCAUCAUGUUCACUUUGAUGCCAGCCUGAUGCCUUCCAAGUAUCUGACAGUAAGUUUAAAGGUUUCUACUUUUAGGUUUGUGCAGAGAAUGACUGCUCCUUUCAGUACCAAAAGUCAUGCAAAUGAAUGAGAACAUCCUGUUUUAGUUUUGUCUUUCAACUAUGAGAAUAGAAUGUGGGACAUAGAUUGCUUCCUUUUUUUGUCAAAGUAAUGUUUGAUAGGCACAUUUGAAACAAUGACUUUUAUUUUUAAAUAAAUGUUUCAACUUCCCUCAAGAA